UCUGUCUGUCUGUCCCUCCUCUCUGUCUCCCCGUCGGUGGCUGCCAGGCUCCUCUCCUCUGUGUCCUGUUCUCCACCUGGCCUUCAUGAGUUUAACUGAGGACAAUCCAUUCCUCCCUGGAAGACUGACGGGACAUUUCGUCAUUGACUGCCGUGCUGACUUGCAUAAUGGGAAAUGCUUCAGACACAAAUGCUGUGUUUACCUCCACCAUCUCCAAGGAGCACGACAUCUUCAUGGGUUCACUCUACAGCGUUUUUUGUAUAAUGUCCCUCAUGGGCAACUGCAUUCUGCUACUUGUUGCAUAUCACAAGCGUUCAACCUUGAAGCCGGCUGAGUUCUUCAUCAUCAAUCUCUCCAUCAGUGACCUUGGGAUGACACUCUCAUUAUUCCCACUGGCAAUACCAUCUGCUUUUACACACAGGUGGUUGUUUGGAGAGACCAUCUGUCAGAUCUAUGCUCUGUGCGGAGUUCUGUUUGGCCUGUGCAGUUUGACCAACCUUACAGCCCUCUCCUUAGUGUGUUGCCUUAAGGUCUGCUUCCCCAUCCAUGGUAACAAGUUCUCCGCGUCACACGCCCGCCUCCUGGUCGUUGGAGUGUGGUGCUACGCAUCCGUGUUUGCAGUGGGGCCCUUGGCACAGUGGGGGCAUUACAGUCUUGAACCUUACGGCACAGCCUGCUGCAUUGACUGGCAUGCACCCAACCAUGAGCUUUCUGCUUUGUCUUACAUUGUUUGCCUUUUCCUCUUUUGCUAUGCACUGCCCUGCACCAUCAUCUUCUUCUCCUACACGUUCAUUCUGCUGACAGUGCGGGGGUCACGUCAGGCUGUCCAGCAGCAUGUGUCACCACAGACCAAGACCACCAACGCGCACGCUCUCAUUGUCAAGCUGUCAGUGGCAGUUUGCAUAGGCUUCCUGUUUGCCUGGACUCCAUAUGCUGCUGUGGCCAUGUGGGCUGCUUUUGCCGAUGCCACAGAGGUUCCUCCUGAUGCAUUCGCCCUUGCUGCCAUUUUUGCCAAGUCGUCCACUCUCUACAACCCCAUGGUCUACCUGCUGUGUAAGCCCAACUUUCGUGAGUGUCUCUACAGAGACACGUCCAUGUUGCGACAGAGAAUCUACAGGGGAAGUCCACAGUCGGAACCCAAGGAACGUUUGGGAUCGACCUCGCAGCGCAUGAAGGACAUGAGCAUCUCCACACAUUUCUCAAAUGGACAGCAGGAGUGCUAUGGGGCGUGUCUGAACUGCACCGAGACUGCAGCGCCGUGUCAUGUGACAGCACCCCAAAGGACUGCCUGCAUCCUGACUCGAUCCACCUACAGAGAGGUGACAGUUAGCCAGCUUUCUGCUAAACCACAGGCAGAUUUCCUUUAGUGGAACAAUCUCCUUAUUUCAUGAAGGAAACAAGACACGACAGGUGCCCAGAAAGACUGGGCAU